AUGAAAUCCCCAGACUCGCCCCAGUACCUGCCACCCCAGGACCCGCACUACACCUAUUCCCCCGCCCACGCCCUCGAUGUCACCCAGCCAGCACCGCCAGCCCAGCCGGUCCAGCCAGCGCCGUCUGUCCGUCUGCCCUACCCCCACGAUGCCGCCUUUCCCAAGCUCGAGAACAUCAACGAGGUGCUCCAGGCCCAGCAGGCCCAGCAGGCCCAGCAGGCCCUCCACGCAAACCAUGUGCUGAAUGCGCCUCAACCCCAGGCCCACGCCCCACAGUCCAAGCCAAACAGACUGCGCAAGGCCUGCGAUUCUUGCAGCAUCCGCAAGGUCAAGUGCGAUGAAUCAGGCCCGCCCUGUAGGGCCUGUGUAGCCCUUGAAAUCCCAUGCACAUUCGAUCGCCCCAGCCGACGACGCGGACCUCCCAAUAGACAUGCCGAAGCCAUCAAGCGGCGGCGCGUUGCCGGCAUUGACUCGGAAGGGUCAGCGCCCGAAUCUCCCACCAGUGCCGCCCACGCCUUGGCCCAGCUCCAGUCCUCCCAGCUCCAACCCUCGCAGCCAGCCCAGCUCUCUGCCGAGGAGAUAUGCGCCCUCCCGACCCUCAACGCCCUCAUUGACGACUUCUUUACCUAUAUACAUCCACUAUGUCCCUUUCCGCACGAGCCCUCGUUUCGUGAAGCAUGGGGCCGCAGAGAGGACUUGACCAAUCCCUCCUUCCUCGCCCUGCUGGCCUCCAUGAUCGCUACCUUGGUCGCCUCUUUUCCCCGGAAACCGCGCUUGCACCUCAACUCACAGACGCGCCACGAAUACCCAAAUCAUCUUGCCCUGGUUGACAAGUGCCGAGACGUUUGCGCCCGCGCGCGGGGCCCUGGCUACCUCGAUCGUCCUUCUCUGAGUGUGUACGAUGCUUGUACAAGCUAUUUCCUUGGCUUGACUGGAGCCUAUGUCUUCCAAUGGCGGCCGCUACGUCUGUACAUGGCCGAAUGCCUGACCAUCAUACGCGGCUUGGGCCUCCAUAAACCCGAACUCCAGGGCUAUACUUACCUCGGCGGUGUACCCAAUGCCUGGGGCUCCAGUGGUCCCAACUACGAUGGAUCGAGGGAGGCCAAAGUCGACUACAUCACAGAAGAGAUCGGCCGUCGUGUUUUCUGGACUGUCUUUGUUGGUGUGCGGACCAUACAGCAAUUGGGCGCAUCUUUUGGAGAGCUUGUGAUUGCGCCUGCAACGCCCAGCGAGCCUCUACCUCCUCUACCGCGAGAAGUAGAUGAUGUGCACAUCUUUCCCCAUGAAAUCCAGCCACAGCAAGACGGUGUCGUUUCAAUGCUCACUGGCUUCAACAUUAACGUGCGCAUUUAUCUUUCAUAUUCUUCACUCGCUACAGCCGAGAUGGCUUUUGGUAUUGAUGAGAUAUUCGAUUGGGACCGACAACAGCGUGUUUUGCAGCAAAGCUUGCAGCGUUGUAGGCAGACUUUGCAAAAUAUACCAGAGGUUCUGAAGGUUCGUCCCAAGAUUGGAAAAGAUAGCGAGGUUGAGCCACAGAAAUCGUAUCAACCGCCCGUAACCGAGUACGCAGGCAUGCGAGAUCCUGCAAUAGAUGAUUACCAGAAGCCAGAUGCUCCAGAUUCACGACGCUAUGAGAUACAGAAAGCGAAUAUUUACGCUAGCCAUUUGGCCACCCGCUCCCACUUGGUUGAGAAGUAUUUUCUACAACUAGAAAAGUAUCGAAGAACAAAAGCCCAAGCGAAUCUGCAGAGCUCUACCAAUGCGAUUGCGGCAGGAAUCGACAAGUUCGUAUCUGACACAACAACUGACCCUGAAGCUCUCGAAAAGAUAAUGUCCGAAGAGCGCGAACAGGUGGUCAAAGACCUCUUGGUGGUACUAAGCAACAUCGACAUGGUUAACAUGGAGCCUAAUGGUGACUCUUUUAUACAAAAAAUUCGAUCCAUUGCCAGUACGCUGCUGGACGUACCUAAAGAAAGAAAAGGUAGUGUAGCGCAGCAGCAUCAAGAUUACCUGUACAAAUUCCUAGAUAUACUAAGCAAACUGGAGAGGGUAAGCCCAGAAGUCAGUGAUCUCAAUGGCAGCAGCUUUGACGAAGAAAGCGAGUUGCGGUUGUGGGCAGAUUUGAGGGACCAUCAAUUGAGAUUCCAAGAGCAUGGGGGCGUUUAUGGCUUUUGAUUAAGCGACAGCUAGGUUGGAUUCUGAGCUGAGUAAAGACCAAUCUUGUUCAAGAUAUACAUUACACGAAAGCCUGUCCCUCAUGAUGUUCCACCAGCCACAUUUGAGGCAACGCCCGCAACCAGCCUUUCAACGAGGGCCUCAUUCAACAAAGACAUUGCUUUUCCCGUUCAUCGUGAGCAAGUCAUC